GGUGUUUCAAGGCUAGCAAAUAGGAUCCGACGGUGGUUGUCCCUGGUGGAACCCACGGGCUUCCCCCGUUGAGUCAUCCCCUCUAGUAGACAUGCAAAGGCUUUUUUCUUUCCCUGGUGGCUAGCUGACAUUCGUGUGUUCCCCCCUUCCUGCAGCAACUGAGAGGGAAGGAAGGGGAGCGAGCCAAACCCUGCUGUUGCCUCUUUGACUUUUCCCCAUGCAUGCCCCGUGGAGGAUGUACCCCAACUGCCCUGGCGUUGUCAUCACCGGCGUGUCUUGCAGGUGUGUUGAGGGACCUGUAUCUGAUCUAUCACUCUCUUUUCCUUGCCCCUUUGACUCGCUGGAUGUUGGCGGUUAUCCUUUCGUGACUGACCGACCAACGCCCCUUGCUAUUUUUAAACAAUCUACUCCAUACUUCGUACCGUCAUUGUUUCCCAGUGGAAGGGCCCGAGCCGAGCAAGGAAAUACACACAGGCCCUCCAGAAAUAGAGAAAGUGGGGACAAAAGCACGGGUUUCCCUCGGGUGAUGGCUAUGACAGACCCAUCUCCUCGCUGGCAGGGCACAAACAGGUAUUGUGAACGAGGAGAGUGUGUAAUCGGAUCCAGGCAGCAGACCUCGUACAGAGAAGGUCGUACUAACCCACUGAAAGCCGCUUAUCAUCCCACAUCGGACUCACGGAUUGUUCCAUGAUCAGCAGCAUCAACGGAUUGUUUAGGUUGGGAUGUUCUGCCCUGUAUGGUGGUGUAUUACGGUUGAAAUGGAGCUACUGCAGCGUCAGCAACCUUGAGAGCCACGAAGCCAACAUGUGUGCCUCAAUGGUUAGGUAGUUGGUCAGGGAUGGAGACGCUGCUGACUCUCUACCGGGCCAUGACCAUCGCCUGUCGCGCUUCAGACCUUGGCAGUUGGCUCGUUGUCGAUAGAGUAGUGACUAGAGACUCGGGGAGGACUAACUCGUUGGAGUAAGCAGUAGUCCCUCGAGGGCCGUUUAGUAGUUUAGUAACGGGGCGAUCAUCAGUCGUUGGAAAUUAGCUAUUUUGAC